UAAGAAAUGGAUCUGCAGGCGCCCUUCAAGCACAAAGUUCCAACUCCCGCCCAGUUAGCAAAGAAGAAGAAGAAUAGGACGCUUGCGUGCCACCUCGCGAUGUCGCAUUGGUCGUAUCUCGACACACGUGCAAGGAACGAUAGGCGACAAGAGCGUUUUUGGAUGUUACAGUGCUUGAUAACUCCAAUCGUAUGGCAAACCGACGAUCAACAUUUCACAUCGCCUUUCGAGCAUUCAUCGCCCUCAACAUUCUUGUUGCCGUGUACAACAUGGUCCACGUCCACUUACCGCGAAGCGAAUCCGAACCUUCCGUACCUAUGGUUGUGAACCAGACCCGAACCACCAUCAGGCCCCCUGUCUUGCAACAGCAACAGUGCAGCGACAGCAAACCGCCUCAAUUUCAGAACGGACAACGGCUACAGUCGAAGCAAAUGCGGACGAAUACUUUGCUUUCAAUCCCCAAAGAGAGGGAUCGUUUCGUCAUCCGUAGCAACUACAUCGUGAGCGACGAAGCCGCCGAAUACUACGCAACGGUGACUCUCACCACGCAUGCGACGCAUGACUAUCUGCACCACACGCCCGUGCUUUGCAGGCGAUGGCAAGGGCCCGUUUCAGUCAGCCUGUACGCGCCAGGGGCCGAGUACGAAAUCGCCAUCAACAAAGUACUGUUCCUACGAGCCUGCAGUGAUCCGUGUGUGCGCGCGAACGUCACGUGGCAUAUCGUGUACAGUACGGAACACCGCCCAAAAGCAGGCCUUCUAACAGCCAAUCCGCAAGAGCUGGCAAACAGGAGGCCCAACUGCUCUGACAGUGUCAUGCAUCGCCAAUACGAGAACUAUCGCUCGAGACACAACCUAACCUACCCUAUAAACGUACUUCGGAAUUCUGCACGAAGGGCCGCUGAGACGAGGUUCAUCUUGGCUUCCGACAUCGAACUCUAUCCCAGUGGCAACAUCAUUUCUCGUUUCCUGGACAUGGCCCUUCGAACCCAUAGCCCCACCGCCCAUCACGUGUACGUGCUUCCCGUGUUUGAAGUGAAGGCUUCUCUGGCGGCACCACUGACUAAGAGAGUGCUGGUGGACAUGGUGCGCAACAAGACUGCCAUGUUCCUCCACGCACGGGUGUGCGAAGAGUGCCAGAAGUUCCCCAAGAGGGACAUGUGGCUGAGGUACAUUCCUCCUGAGGGCUCUCUAAGUGUGUUCACGACAACGAAGAGGGACAAGAGUACGCGGCACUGGGAGCCCGUAUACAUAGGCACCAAUGCGAACCCUUUCUAUCCAGAAGAGCUCACCCGGGAAGGCAAGAGGGACAAGACUGCACAGGGCUACGAGAUGUGCCUCAUGGGGUACAAGUUCAACAUAAUCGACAACGCCUUCCUGGUUCAUGCUCCAGGCAUCAAAACCAUCGUUGCAAGCGAAGCAAAACGCAGAGCAGCCUUUGUGAAAGUGAACUACAUAUAUCAUGAUCGACUAAUGAACGAGCUCAAGAAAAAAUAUGCGAAGAAUAUUACAAAUUGCCGAAACUAUUAAUGAAAGCGCUGGGUAAUGAUAGAUGCAGUGCUGCAGCAUCAAACCUUUUAAAAAAAACUUUUGAUCAUAGUCCUCUUCUAUAGAAUACCCUGUUGUACUUGCUCUUUGUUGGAGCCUGUGCAGUGUUCCUUCAAAUUGGGCACACUAGAAAGUGUAUCAUAUUUAUUUAUUUGCUGCCAUACGUGCUCCUUCAAAAGGCAAGGGAAAGUGUGCAAGACAAUAUGCAAGAAGUCUCAAUAAAAAGGGCUUGG